UUUUGAAAAUAGCUCUGCCGACCGUUUUAGAUUUCUUCUUUAUCUUCCCUUCUUAACUUUUCAAUCACUCUCUCUUCCUCUCAACAUUUAUCUCAGAUCGGAGAUUUCUAGUUUUCGAUUUGAGUUUAAUUUGGGGCAUUUUAAAAUUUUCUUCCGCAUCGUCGUCUCUCUUCGAUUUCUGAUUCCUUCCAUUUUCGAAGCUCACAUCGGGAAGAUUGUGGGAUGGUGCAAAGGAGACAACCAAUAGCUUUUGCUAGAUGAGUGAACAUUGCAGAGAAGAGAGGCAACGUAUGGGAAUUGGAGUAACCAUUUUUGCUUAUUCAUUGAAAAGCUAUGGAAAGUGAGUCUACAACUAUCUCAACCCCUCAGGAAGGGAUCCCAAAAUCGCGUCACGGGAGGACUAGUGGCCCUGCAAGACGUUCAACUCGAGGUCAAUGGACAGCAGAGGAGGAUGAGGUAUUGAGAAAAGCUGUCCAUAGUUUCAAAGGGAAAAACUGGAAGAAGAUAGCUGAAUAUUUCAAGGAUCGAACUGAUGUCCAGUGCCUCCACAGGUGGCAGAAGGUUCUUAACCCUGAACUUGUUAAAGGGCCAUGGACGAAGGAGGAAGAUGAAAUGAUCGUUCAGUUAAUAAAAAAAUAUGGGCCGAAGAAAUGGUCCACUAUUGCUCGGUAUUUACCUGGCCGUAUUGGAAAGCAAUGUAGAGAGAGGUGGCACAAUCACCUCAAUCCAGCCAUAAACAAGGAAGCUUGGACUCAAGAAGAAGAGCUGGUUCUGAUUCGUGCUCAUCAAAUCUAUGGUAAUAGAUGGGCAGAGUUAACAAAGUUCUUGCCUGGAAGGUCGGAUAAUGGAAUUAAAAAUCACUGGCACAGUUCAGUUAAGAAGAAACUUGAUUCCUACAUGUCGUCUGGCCUUUUGGAUCAGUACCAAGCCAUACCUCUAGCUCCUUAUGAGAGAAGUUCCACAUUAGAAUCAGCUUUUAUGCAGAGUAAUAUAGAUGGAAAUGGCUGCCUAAGUGGACAGGCAGAGAAAGAAAUAGACAGCCGUCAAAGUUCAAGCAUGAUUGGCUGCUCACUAUCUGCAGGAGAUUUUCCAAAUGGACCUAUAAACAUGGAGCAUCAUUUCUACCCCUGUGGAAACUCUCAAGAGACUGAGCAAGCUGUAUAUCACCCAGAGCAGUAUUUCUAUCCAGAAUUGGAAGAUAUAUCAGUCUCCAUCUCAGAAGUCUCUUAUGACAUGGAGGACUGUUCACAGUUUCCGGAUCAUAAUGUUUCGACUUCUCCAAGCCAGGAUUACCAUUUUGAUUUCCAGGAACUAUCUGAAAUUUCACUGGAGAUGAGACAAAAUAUGUCAGAGGUACCAAUGCCAUACACGCAGGAGAGCAAGGAACCAACUCUGGGAGCUACCAACUCCACAUCAUAUAUUGAUGUGGCUACUUACACAAGCUCAGCAAAUGUUUUGACACCUGAAACGGAAUGCUGCAGGGUACUUUUCCCUGAUCAAGAGAGUGAAGGGCAAAGUGUUUCUAGAUCCUUGACCCAAGAACCAAACGAGGUUGACCAGUCAGACUCCCGAGAUCCUAGUUUGUGUACAUCCGCUUCAGACAGCCAGAUAUCUGAAGCUACAAAAUCUCCUAUGCAAAGCUCUUCUUCAAGGUCUAUUGCAACAGCUGCCUCAGGCAAAGAAACGCUUCGUCCAGCUCCCUUAAUCAUAUCACCCGACAAGUAUGCAAAGAAACCAUCUAGAUUGAUUUGUCAUCCUUUUGAGGCAGAACCAAAGUGCACAACAAAUGGAAAUGGUAGCUUCAUAUGCAUCAAUGAUCCAUCAAGCUCCACGUGUGUUGAUGGAGGAACCAGUAACCCCGGCGAAGAAGAUCAAUCAUAUCAUGUGAAUGAUUCCAAAAAGUUGGUUGCAGUGAGUGAUUUUGCUUCUCUGUCAGAAGAUAGGCCACACUCUCUUCCUAGGCAUGAAGAAAACACGACAAGCGAGCAAGAUCAUGAGGAUAUGGGAGCAUCAUCAAGUCUCGGUUUUCCAAGCUUGGACCUACCUGUUUUCAGCUGUGAUCUUCUACAAUCUAAAAACGAUCCUCUACACGAUUAUAGUCCUCUCGGCAUACGCAAGCUACUGAUGUCCACCAUGACGUGCAUGAGUCCCCUUCGGUUGUGGGAAUCUCCCACUGGAAAAAAGACGUUAGUUGGUACAAAGUCAAUCCUGAGGAAACGGACCCGUGAUUUACUGACACCGCUAUCUGAGAAAAGAAGUGAUAAAAAACUUGAAACUGAUAUAGCAGCCAGUCUCGCAAAAGAUUUUUCACGUCUAGAUGUGAUGUUUGAUGAGAGUGAGAAUCGAGAAUCUAUCUCUGGAAAUAUCACUGGUGUCAUUCUUGGAGAUAGAGAAAGUGGUGGAGAAGGUGAAGAGAAUUGGAAGCCUUCUUCACUCUUUAGUCACAGAAUGCUAGAAGAAACUAUGCAUAUUAGGAAAUCGUUUGAGAAAACUUGCAUUGAGGCAAAUGUCAGGGAAAAAGAUGGUUCUGAAGCUAAUGUCGAAAAUGCUGAAAGUAUCUCUGGUGUUCUUUCUGAGCACAAUACCUGCAAGUCAGUUCUGACAUCUCCUGGCCAAUCAGUUACCAAAGCAGAGAAAGCACAUGUUUUAACACCAAGAAAUCAAUUCCAGAAAACUUUCAUGGCUACUUCUAACAAAGAACAGCAUUCCUCUUCAAGUCUUUGUUUGGUCAUCAAUUCGCCUUCUCGAGCGAGAAACGCAGAGGGUCAUCUUGUUGACAACGAGACAAGCAAUGAGAAUUUUAGCAUAUUCUGUGGAACUCCAUUCAGGAGAGGUCUUGAAUCUCCCUCAGCCUGGAAAUCUCCAUUUUACGUAAACUCUCUCUUGCCCAGCCCAAGGUUUGACACAGAAAUAACUAUCGAGGAUAUGGGCUACAUUUUCAGUCCUGGGGAGAGAAGCUACGAGAGCUUAGGAGUGAUGACACAGUUAAAUGAACAUGCAAGUGCAUUUGCAGCAUUUACAGAUGCAAUGGAAGUUUCAAUUUCACCAACUAAUGAUAAUGCGGAGCAGAAGAAGGAAUUGAACAAAGAGAACAAUGAUCCUCUACUGGCGGAGCGUCGAGUGCUAGACUUCAACGAUUGCGAGUCUCCCAUCAAAGCAACAGAAGAAGUCUCAUCAUACCUCUUGAAGGGAUGUAGGUAAAAUGCCAAAAAGCUCAUACAUAAUAUGCAAAUGCACAUACAUGAACAUGUAUAAAUAUGUAUGUGCAUCUCUUAUGAAUUAUCCAUUGCUGGAUCAAUUUCUUUUCUAUUUCUUUUAAAUGGAUCAACUCGGGUGAAUUUAUGUA